AUGGACAUCACUCUGACGGGUCUCUCCUCCGAUGCUGCCACUAUACUGCUGGCAAACAUGGAGAUCGUGGAGAUUGUGUCCAUGUUCUCCAUCGGCGCUUACAAUGCUCUCGAAACUGCCAUUGUCACUUUCCAUGUUUUUGAAAAAUAUCGUGGACUGUAUUUCUGGAGUAUGCAGGUCGCCUCGUGGGGCAUCGUCCUGCACUCCAUUUCUGCCAUGGUCCGGUUUGUCAACCAGGCAUCUGGUCUUGCCAUGUCGAUUUCAUUUCUGUUAGGCUGGUGCGCCAUGGUGACCGGCCAAGCUACCGUGCUCUAUUCGCGCCUGCAUUUGGUGGUCUUCAACAAAUACAAGGUGCGCUGGGCCCUGUGGAUGAUCAUCAUCAAUGCAGCCGUCUUGCAUAUUCCAAUGAGCAUUUUGUUUCUUGGCAUUGGUCAGGGCGAUCCUCACUUUGCCCGCGCCGCUGCCAUUUACGAUCGGAUCCAACUGAUAGGCUUCUGUAUACAAGACCUCGUUUUGUGCGGGACCUACAUUCGAAAGGCAGCACGUAUCAUGAAGCCGAUCAUGCCGCUUCGUGAUUGCGCGGAGCGGCGCAUCAUGGUCCACCUGGCCAUGGUCAACACUUUCGUGCUCGCCCUCAACCUUCUGCUUCUGAUCGCCGAAUACAAACUUCAUUUUAUUCAGAUCAGCCUCAAAACGGUAGUGUACAGUAUCAAGCUCAAACUUGAGUUUACUGUCCUCAACCGCCUUCGCUCCUUGGCCAAGUCCGAUCUUUCCAACCGAUUGGAGAGCCCGGCAUCGAGAAAUUCCUCGCGUCAAAACUAUCCUUCUGGGUCAACAUCUCCCCAUGCUGGCCUCAGCCAGAUGGGAGCAGUCUCCACCCCCGUUCUGGAUGUAGAGAUUCCUGACUCACUUCUCUGGCUCGACCCCAGCCCCAGCUCUUCCCAAGAAUUGCUAGAGGCUUCUCAUAUUUUCUUCGCCUGUAAGGAGAAUAUUUCCGUCUCUGCGGGAUCUAUCGGAGGUGAAGGCUGGGUGCGUGGCCCGACAGGGAAGUUCACUGAGGAUCUUGAUGACUGCCGAAAGAUGCUUUUUGUGGAAUAA